AUGGCCAGCCAUGACAGAAUAGCGGACCGUCUCCUCAUGUUUUUGCAGGAACGAGGUGGCGUCGUCUCCUCCACGGACAUAGGCGGGAAGUACCAGAUACCCAACACGUCGAUUGCCAAUCUGCGGAGCUUUUGCGAGACGAUGCCGGAGCACUUCAGCAUAUUGGAUCCGGGGAAGGGACCCUGGAGAAUACUCCUGGCAAGCUUGGAGCAGGAUGCCCUCACAGAGCUCAUCCGAUUCAUUGCUGCUCGGGGAGGUUCGAUUGGAAUUGGCGACGUGGCCGAGUUUCACCACCAUUUCCCGGCUCUCUCGGAAGCUGUCUUUGACCACGGGCGCACGUUCCGCCAGUUCUGCGAGAAGCAUCGGGCGUUUCUGAUGUUGGAGGACAGCCCGCAUGGAGGAGCCUGGAGCCUCUGUCUCACGGGCAUGGCGACUUGGCCCCCUCGUCUCCCAUCGUCCACGCAAGCCCCUUUGACUGCCCAGUUCGGGUAUCCGGGGCAGCACAGCGCACCAACGCACGGGCCCUGGCUGCGAUCCGAACCAAUGCAGCCCGGGCUGCAAUCGCCAACACAGACAGUACAACCCGAGUCAACGAGCGUGGCUGUGGCCCGGAACCAGAUGCGGGAGGACGGAUCGCCACCGACGACGUCCCAACCUUCGGGCACCACCUCAGGACUAGUUGCUCGAGAUGAAGACGUCGAGAGCAGCUCGGAGUGCGGCGACACGCCUGUGCCGGGAACUGUUGAGCUGAAAGUAAGCGAAAUCCGCUGGGCGCAUGACUCAAUCAAGGUUCGCUUUCGAAAUGGCAUGCUGCUGGUGGACACGCUGAAGGAGCUUCUUGAUGGGAGGCUAAAGCCACACCAGCUGCCCCCCUUUGCUGUCUGGCAGCGGGGAUGCACAUGGUUCGCCAUUACUGGCAAUCGGCGCCUUUGGGUGCUGCGGGAGCUGGCAGCGGUCAAAGGAGCGGAGGUGGUCGUGAGAGCUCGGCAGCUGGAUCCUGGAGUGCACCUGUCGCCUUGGUUUCACUGCAUGUUCAGCACGGGCUGCGACGGGGUCAAGGUGCAGUUCCGUGCAAAGGGGGUUUAUCCCAGCAUGCAGAUUGCCCUUGGGUCGUGCCGGAGUUUGCCUACCUUGAGAGAGCUGCUAGUGGCUAAGCAGCUCCACGAGUCGUCGGGUCCGGUUGCACUCGAAGUUCUUGAGCGGAGAUUCGCCGGGAAGUUUUCAGUUGCGGAGGUCGUCCUCUCCAAGCCCAGCUUCUUCACGGUGACUUCGGGCCAAGUCGCCUUUACGCGGCCGCUGAAUCUUCGAGCGCCGGCCCUCGCCACGCCGAACGCUCCUGCGCCAACGCCGCCAGUGGCGAACUCGGCUCCCAAGGCGCAUGGCAUGCCGCCUGCGCGCCCGAUAUUGAUGUCAGCGGCACCACCCAAGGCUCCGGCAUGCUCCAACAGCUCCUCUUCGCAGGAUCCCUGGUCCAGUGGCAAAGAUCCCUGGAGCCAGCACUUGGAGGAACAGCGGGCGAAAGCCCCGCCGCUGUUUAGCCCUUCGGGCGCAGGAGACGAAGAUCCCGGGGCAGAUGGGAAAUACCCCUGGACGGCGGCCUCCGCGUCCUCUUCUGCACCCAGAUAUCGAAGCCCACCGCCUCGAAGACCAGAGGGCUCCGAGCCCCAGAUGUUCAGGAUGGACACAGACUCCGAGGGUGAGCCCAGGGCCCCGGCGCGGGCUCCGCCGAAGCCGAAGCCGCCACCGCCACCGGUGCCGAGCUCCUCGGAAGAGUCUGAGGGAGAGCCCAACUCGCCCAAUGCAGCGUGCAGCGACAAGAGAAUCGAAGCGCAGGCAGCCAGUGCCAAGCGCUCUGUAAGCGCUCCGGCGUCAAGGGUUGCUGAAGGUGUGCUUCGGCCACCUGCCAAGGGGCAACAGUCGCCGCAACCGCCUCCUCUGAGAUUGCCACAGCUGUCGCCGAAUCCAGGACAAGGGCAGCGCUGCAUCUGCAACCUGGGAGGCUUGCUUUCGAAGAUGCCCGCAAAGCUCUUGCAGCCCAUGGAAGUGAGCGCCUACGCCAACGUGCUUCACACGUACAAGGCCCAGCGCCUCAUUUUCCAGAGUGGCUGGCCGGUCCAGGUGGCCCUCAGCAAGGGCUGGCUGGAAAGCAGGUUCCUUCCGGAUCUGCGCCUGACCCAGGAAGAUCUGACGGAGAUAGUCCAGCGUCUUGAUCUCCAGGAGGACAGCUGCGACACUCAGCUGAUCCCUGGGACGCUGCACUUUGCCAGCCUUUGCUACGUUGGUGCGCGGCUCGAAUCUGUGGCUCUGCACUUCACAAGGCUGCUCCCAGGGGUGACCCUGCCCAUUCGGGCAAGCUUUUCGGCUCCUCUUUGCUCGGUGCUGCUGCUGGGUCCCAGCAGCUGCGGCAAGACGACAGCCUUGCGGGAUGCAGCGGCGGCUCUCUGCGAGAGCGCGCAGGUAGUGAUCAUUGACUUCUUGGCAGAGCUCAGUGCCUGGAGCUUCUGUCGAGCUCGAACCGUCCUGCCCGAGGAACCGGCAGAUCCCUUGGCGUCCGUCCGGAGUGUGAUCCAAAACGAGCGCCCUGAGGUUCUGAUCGCGGAGUUUGUGGAUGGGGAUGCUUGCAUCCAAAGUGCGCAGCUGUGUUUCGAGGCGGGUGUGCGCCUUGUGGCGUCCUUGCGGAAUUCCAUUGGGGGCCUCACCGACUCCUUCCUCCGUUGCGACAAUGGACUCCCCGGCUGCUUUGCGUUUCCCUUUGCCACCGUGGUGCUUCUGAGACGGCAGCUGGAUGCCUGGCACAUCUUCUCGCCGGCGGGACAUGCUGUAUGUGCCAUGGCUUCUGGGCGGAGGAUGCCCUGCGCCCUUCACCACAUCCCCAACUUCCCGGCUCUGCGCCCGACUGCGAUAUUCACGCUGAAGACCUUGGUCGUCGAAGAAGAGAUGAAUUGA